GAAACACUAGUGCUAUUCCUUACUGACGCUCGGCUCCUCCAAUGGGAUCAGCUCUGAGGGACCGUAAGCAAGGUUUCUUUACUACGGACUACGGUUAUCUACACUCGGGAACGUAAAACUCGACAAAGUCGAAGCCAUGGACCGCGACCACCCGAAAAUGCCCGUUUAACCUUUGAAGAUAUUAAAGAUGCCCGGCCUUGUGUCCUGUCUCCGUGUUCUGAUAGUCAUUGGGCUGCUCCUCCUCCUUUCCCCUGUCAACUCCCAGUCAGAGAUAUGGACCAAUGAAGUUUCAGAUGUUCAGUAUGGACGGUUGGGGUCUAAUGUCACACUGGAGUGCAGCGUGGCACCGGGCAGGUCGUCAGUGGAGUGGCGUCUAAACAGGAGCUCUGCGUUACCGUGGCAACACCAUGUGACAUCAGACGGUCACCUGGUCCUCCUGCAUGCCGACCACGCUGCAGAGGGCAACUACAGCUGUUAUGACAACCAGGGACUCCUCAUUCAAACUGUCAGACUACAGCUGGGACAUCCCCCCGGACUGCUCAGCGUUUCCUGUCGUGUGCCCAAUCACAACCUGGUGUUUUGUUCUUGGGUGGAGUCUGUGAAGACUCACCUGCCAGCCCAGUACCACGCCUCCUACAGGGACAGGAACCAGGUGAUGCCGUGUGAUGUGUCUCCACCCCCCCAGCAGCGGUGCACCAUCACCGGACCCACCAUGUGGCAGCCAUACCAUGACAUAAACAUCACGGAGACCAACCCUCUGGGUACCCAGACCACUGUCGUCAGGCUCCGCUUUGACCAAUUAUUAAAGCCCGACCCCCCAGAGGCGGUGACAGCAGAGGGGGUUGUGGGAUUCACCAGGAGGCUGCAGGUGAACUGGAGACCGCCUGCUUCCUGGCCCAAUGAUUCAGGUCCUUUCCCCCUCCACGUCCAACUCCAGUACCGGCCUGUUGGAUCCAAAGUCUGGUCCACUGUGGAAACUAUGGACAGUCACCUGCUGAUAACUGAUGCCUUAGAAGCCACUGCCCACCACCUGCAGGUCAGAGUUCAGGAUGGACACAACCCAGACAGCCAGUGGAGUGAUUGGAGCCCUGUCCAGCAGGCCUCCCCCUGGACUAGAAGCACAGUUCAGCCUACUGAAGUAACACCAGCUGACUAUGAAACAGAUGCGACAACCACCCCCAAGCCAGAGAAUCUGUAUGAAGAAGGUGGUAAUCUCGGCGUGGUAGUUUUACUGGCUCUGUUUGCUGGAAUCAUCCUGGCACUGGUUUCCUCUCUUUUUGUUCUUAUGUGGAUGAGACACAGGGGGUGGGGCAACAGGACGAAACAAGAACUGACCUCAAUGGUGAAGAUGAAGUCCAUGCCGAUCUAAAACCCCUUGGUUGGCCCCUACUCUCAGCCCUUAUAGGGCCUCUAGUCUCCACAAAGCCACGUCCUACCAGAAUUCACAACAUGCUUUCCACAAGCCAUUCGCAGCAUAUGCCUGGCCUUCUGAUUCUGCCUGCCGACAGACGUGGCGGAAUGACCGACCGACUCCUUCAAGUGGAGCUAAAUCUAUCCUGAUUGGCUAUGAGGCUCAACAUAACGUUCUCUACAGUAUGUAGCAACCACACUCUUGAGGGCAGAAGACCUGUACAUAGAAUGGUCUGACUGUCUGCAACCUUUCAUUGUUGACUUGUAGAAUGCUGUGAAGAAGCAGAGAUCAGGGCAUUAUGGUUAUACUGUUGGCAUUAUACAAGUGUCACUAGCUUCACUGGUGCCUAGCCUUACAUUAAAACAUUUGGACUUUGCAGAUAUGGAAUCUAACCUUGAGGUGACAAUAGAAGCUAGUGACAACGCAGUAUAGAGGUUAUAAACUUGCCAAUUCCUCUGGAUUUCAGUGGAAGAGAAACUUAAGAGAAGAAGUGUGCAAGGCUAUUGGACAAGGGGGAGAGUUCUGUCAGUUGCAGUCUGGCGACUCCUGCAACAGGAGUAUGUUAGUCUGAGGUUGGUCUGGGAAGAGUUACCUCUACCUCUCCCACAGACUGGCAGUGUUUAUGUGCUUUGUUCUCUUGUUGAAGGGACUUCCAUCUUCUACAAGCACAUGUUCCUGUUUUCAAGGGACACAGAAAGUGACAGCCUAUGUUCGGACUUUAACAAGACAACGCUCCUCCACAUCUAAUGGAUUGGUUGAACCUCCCCAGCGUUUUAUCUACAUGUGGGGCAAAACCAUGGAAUAUUACCUGAAGUCUCUCUGCGUGGAUGAAGUUCAUUGUGAAACAGCACCCUCCAUUUCAGGACAGUCCCUCCUGGUGCCACAACACUGUGUAGGAAUGUAAAAAACAAACUGCCUUAGCUCAGAGUUAAUGCCUCUGGGUAGAGGAGAAACGUCAUGUUCUCUCAAGCCAGUAGUCAUCCGUGGACUGUUUUAGCUAUUUGUAUAUUGUUUAUUAACCAACAGAAUGAAAUAGAUCAUAUGUUACGCUAUUUUUACACGUUUCAUUGUACUGUUAUGUGGACUCCUUUCCAUAAGUUUAUUAUAAAUAUCAGUGUUUCCCAAGUUUUACACACAGCGAUUUAAAAUUGGACCUCUAUUCCAAAAGAUUUGUUGUUGCUACAGAUGUCGAAUCUUAAUAUGAGCCAAUUGCAAAAUUUUAAUUAUUACGGUCUAUGCUAUUUAGGGAAAUUCCUGCAAUAAUACAAAGAUCAAAUUAUCAUUCGACAUCUUUAGAUAAUGUUCUGCCCUACCUCUGACAGUUCUCUGUGCCAAAGAUGGUGUUUUAACCUGACAAUGUGUUUUGCCACGUCAGGGCAUCAUUCCUCUACCCAGCCAUCUGAUUGCAUGUUCCUGUUCGCACUCACACACCGACACAUAGAGGCCUUGACGAUUACCUUAAGAAAUGCAACAGUAGCAUCAGUACCUUGGGGGUGUACAAGUGCUUCAAUAGUUCUGAGUCUGCUUGUUUAAAGGCAGGAGCAUUGAGUUUAAUACGGGACCUCUGUUCUAAGGGAUAGAGUUGACAUUGUGUCUAUUCUGAAGGUAAUAGGGUGCAAUUUGGGAUGGCUGUCUGCUUCAGCAUGACCAUAAUGGUGGAAGUUAGAAGUCAAUCAUCAAGUUUGUUCCACACUGUAGUGAUGGCCAUUCGAGGCUUCAUUAGCGUUCUUCUAGCAGCAGGAUAUUAUGCUAGCAGUGCUAACUCAGAU